UGGACUUGUUGGGUGUUGCGGGUUCUUCGCUGUGGGGAGAAGGAUGCGCGUGGUAUUGGAGCUGAGAGCCUGCGAUUUUACCCUAUAAGAUCGAUGCGACCCGCAGGCAGGCAAUGCUAGGUGUGUUCUUGGGUGAUCCGCGAGCACGGAUAUCGCGAAUCGAUGAACAGCGCCUAGAGCGGGGCUUUUAGAAUUUGGGAGCAGGGCAUAGGAUUUGUGACGAAUUUCAAGGAUUUUCAGCAAGAAUGGUGUUCUGGGAAGGCUAUGCAAGCGAUGAAUUGAUGGGAACGGUGCUGCCGUUGGUGGUCUACUGGGUUUAUGCCGGUUUUUACCACUUGCUGCCUCCGCUGGAUCACUUGAGGCUUCACUCACGCAAGGAAAGUAGCAGAAAUCUGGUGACUAUGCCGACAGUCAUCAAAGGCGUGCUGCUCCAGCAGGGAAUUCAAGCGUCUAUGGCGAUUUUGCUCUUCUCGAUCACAUCUCAGAAGCCGAGCGACGAGAAAAAUCCCGUCCAGCCACCGCUGGCGAUGCAACUCUUCCAGUUCGUGGUUGCGAUGCUGGUGAUGGAUACUUGGCAGUACUUUGUCCACCGCCUGAUGCACGUCAACAAGUUCCUCUACCGUCACGUCCACUCUCACCACCACCGGCUCGUCGUGCCUUACGCUUUCGGCGCCCUCUACAACCAUCCUCUCGAGGGCCUCUUGCUCGACACGGUCGGGGGCGCGCUCUCGUUUCUCGCCUCGGGUAUGACACCACGAACAGCGGUCUUCUUCUUCUCGUUCGCGACGAUCAAGACGGUGGAUGAUCACUGCGGGAUCAUGAUCCCGGGGAAUCCCUUCCACACCAUCUUCCGGAACAACGCUGCUUACCACGACAUCCACCACCAGCUCUUCGGCACCAAGUAUAACUUCUCGCAGCCUUUCUUCGUGAUGUGGGAUAAGAUCCUGGGGACUCAUAUGCCGUUUAAUCUGGAGGAGAGAGCCGAGGGGGGAUUCGAGGCCAGACCGCUCAAGCUCAAGGAAUAGAACGACACGGACAUCAUCGGAGUUGUGAGCUCGUUCGUCCCGGCCAAGAUCAUAUCAGGCACUGUAAAUUCGAUCAGAGAGUGGUGGUUUCGCUGACGAGAGGAAGAGAUUUGAGGAGAAACGCAGCGUUUGUAUAGAACAAAAUGGACUUUCUGCCUAAAGAGUUACAUGGAUGGAUUUGCAUUUGAAGUUUUCUGGAGAAACUUCUUUCUUAAAGGCAUCUGGGAUAUACCCUUGCCUAUUGUGGACCGGUCAAAUGUGGGGGAUGAGAAUCGAUCCAACAACCGGUAUACGUGUAAAGGAGACCAGCAAAGAGUUGACACCUGGUUUGAUCCCUAUUGUCCGCUUUGGACCACCACGUAAAUAAAGUAGUGUUUGGCGGUGUUA